AUGCUUUACAGUAGCAGACAAAUUACAUGUUUUAAGGCCUGCAUCGGCUUCACGCCACACAGAAUCUUUACCAUCAGAGCAAAAAGGUUGAACUUGCUCUAUUUUGAAAAAAUCUUCUUCUUUUUCUCAUUAUCUAAUAGUAGUAAAAAUUAUCUACUUUUCUAA